CAAAAAUUUGUCUGGUUAACAUCCACACACACCCUUCAAAAAAUCUCACACCCUACUUCUCUUUUUGUUUACUUUUCCUUGCACCUAUUUGCCUCCUCUUUCUCUUCUUCAACCUCAACUCUUCAUCCGUCUUUGACUGUAACAACUAUACAAGUUCCAAUUUUUCUGCAUACCCUUUAUUAACUACUUCCUUAAUCGCUUAUUUAUUCUGUUGGGUACUUUUUAUUAAGUUUCAUUUCACUCUUUAAAACCAUUUUUCAUUUGGGUGUAUUUUUAAUUUUCAAGAGUUUUUGUUGUGAGAGAGGAAGAUGGUAGGAGCAAUAUCUGUUGUUGGUUCACCAAUGAUGGACUCACACACGGGUCCAUGUUUGUGUGUGGAUUCUCUUCCAACCACAAAUGUGAAGAGUGGUUGUGGAGAUGUGGUUUUGUGGAGGAAUUUGAUGGGAAGGAACCAUUCGGCGAGGCGCGGCGGAGGUAGGAGUAUGGGGCUGAGCAGUUCUUUUACCGAUCCGGGAAGGGAAUGGAGACUCAAGUUUAGCAGAAGCUGUAAGAAGCAAAGCAGUAAUGAUAGGAGAGUCACCAUUGUUAGUGAAGUUGGUGGUCAGUAUGAUGACACUUUUGAGGAUGUUAAAACGCAAAUGCUCAACUAUUUCACGUACAAAGCUGUGAGGACUGUUCUUCAGCAACUGUAUGAGAUGAACCCGCCUAAAUAUACUUGGUUUUAUAAUUUUGUUGUAUCAAACAAACCAGCAGAUGGAAAACGUUUUAUCCGAAUGCUCGGGAAGGAACAACAAGAGCUUGCUGAAAGAGUGAUGUUAACUCGGCUUCACCUCUAUGGCAAAUGGGUUAAGAAAUGUAAUCAUGCUGAGAUAUAUAAAGAAAUAUCUGAUGAAAACUUGGAGUUGAUGAGGGAAAGACUCAUGGAGACAGUAAUAUGGCCAUCAGAUGACAGCAACACAGAAAAGAUUGGUUGAUAUAUGAAUCAACAUUGUUACUUUCUGUCUUCAACCUCUUAAUUCCUAGUUUAGGUAUAAACAUACAUGCUUUGUUUCCAAAUCUCAUUUUCCAGAUUUAUAUUAUGUAAAUUGUGUAUAUAUCAGUACCUUCUAAAUACAUAGUUCAUUAUUUUGAAUAGUUUGAGAUGUAGGAUUUAAAAUCUUUGAGGCGUUUGCAAAGAAUGCUUCAAUGAUAUAUAAAUCAUAAGUAUUGUCAACUUCCAAAUUCAUACUAGUAUAAUGUUUGUCCCAUAUUAUCGAUA